GAACCCCAGCGUUUCUCGACGUCGAACAGCUCGAGACUGAUGCAGCGCAUCGCUCGCGCAGGCCAAAGCGAAGAAGCUGCGACGCGGUGAGCGGCCGCAGCGUGGCGUGCUGCUUAGUGAGCUUUUGCAGCACGCUGUACUUGGCGGGGAUCCAGACGGAGGUGAGGGUCCUCAACGGAAUGCAGCCGCCGAAUGCCGAGGUCCAUGCCGACCGAACGAUCUCAGCGCCUUCCUUGUCGCCCCCGCAGGCUCAUGAUCCCUCGAGGGCCUCCAAUGCAAAUGCUGCCAUAUCCGUCACCGAGACUUCAACGAGUCCAACUCCCACGCCGACCUCUUCGGAAGCUGCCAACGGGUCCAGCCCGGAAAUUGGCUACAUGAUUCCCAGGGCUGACUGCCCCAAAGGGGCAGACCAAGUGGCGUCCCUGGAGGAAUGCAUCGCUGCGGCUGCCUUCCUGAAGAAGAAGAUGAUGUCCACCACGCCCUUCUCGGCCCACUCGGACCCGGUGGGAUGCAUCUACCGUACCACGGACCGGGACAUCUUCUUCAAUAACCAUCCUGAGGGCAGCCCGAACAAGGAGCGGCGGCCCAUCUGCAAGGGCCCCCUACUGGCAGUGGGCGCUGGCGGACUAAACCCGAAGUCGAUCAAGCCCGUGGCCGCCUGGGACCAGGCCUCAGACGAGAUGCGCCACGCGGCGGCGAAGAUUCGGCUCUUCUGCUUCGCCUGGACGCCCUUCCGGGGCGGCGACCAGGCAAUGCUGGCAGAGGUGACCCUGCAGUACAACAAGUGUGAUGGCCACGCCUUCUUCAGCGACCGCUACCCCGGCGGCGAGAAGCGUGAGGACGUCAUCGUGGUGAAGGUCCCGGAGCAGCGGGUGCCCCGCACGGACCAGCAGUGGCUGUAUCAUCGCAACAUGGUGGGCCUUAUGCCGACCUGGGACCAUUUGCUUCGCACAGGCUUGGCUGAGCAGUACGACUGGGUCAUCAACACCGAGUUAGACCACUUCGUGAGUCCCAGCCGCUGCCGCCUCGCCAUCGUCAGCUACCUGCAGACGCUGCAGAAGGCAUCGCCCACCGAGCAAAAGUCUGCCCAUGGGCCGCUGAUGCUGAUGUGGGGCAAUGCCUUUGUGUUUAACCGAAAGAUGGUGAGCCUCAUGCGGGAGCAGUGGAAGCACCUGGGCACCACGGAGACCGGGAAGUCCGUGGGCGUGGGAUGUCCGCAGUUCAUGCGCGGACGACAGGAGUGGCCCGAGUUCUGCUCCCAGGAUAUCGUGUAUCCGAACCUCGUGGAGGGGGUCUUGCGUGGCGGCGCAGCGGCCUACGGCCGCCCGGGCUGUGGCCAAGCAGAUGGCACCACCAGGAAUCGCAUCCCGUUUCAGCUGGGAUGCUGGGAGAUGCAGAAGAACCCCUACGGCAUGUCGGAGGAGGGUGAGUCGGAUGCCAUCCAAGAGUUCGCGCAGAUCCAGAAGAUGAAGGACGAGCGCGAAGCUAUGCGGCGAUAUGCUGGAACUGAGCAAGCAGAGAACUACAAGCUGUGGUUCUCAGCGAAGAACGUGCCCGUGAUCCACCACAUCGUGGGGGCGGAGGUGCACAAGUUGGCGCGAGAGCUUCUGGACCCCGAGCCCGAGAAGAAGAAAAAGACGCGCGCGCUUUCGCCGAGCGAUUCAGCGGAGCGGUUGCGGCACCAUGAGAGAUGGUAA